UCUUCCCGCCUGAGCAACAUACACUGUAACAAUAUAAAAAGGUAUGGCGCGCCAACGCAGUGCAUUUUCUAGAUGGCGUUUCAAAUAACAAUUUGUGUUCAAAGAAGAAAACGGCAGUAAUGUAACAGUAAAGCUGCUGAUGACAUCCAGAGACUCGACUUCGAACCUGAAGAAACACUUGGAGAGGAUGCAUAACAAUCAAUGGAAGACCCUGAGCAGGAAAAGGCAGCCAGAUGACAUGGAGGAGUGCAGAGAUGCACAGCCAUCUACAGAUGGCCAAAAAGACACACCUUGUACACAAUUGAAACAAGCAAAACUACAACCAGGAGGACAACACACCUCACAAAAUCGGGUUAAUCACCUGGUAUUUGACUUCAUCAUAGAGGAUGUGCAACCCUUUUCACUAGUAGAGGUGCCUUCAUUCCGCAAGCUAGUAAAGGAAAUCAAUGGUGGGAGAAAGAUAAUGUGUAGAAAGACUUUGAUGCAACAAAUUGAAAGGGAAUUGGAGUCCAUGAAAGAAGCUCUCUCCACCAAACUCCAGAGCGUAAAGUCAGUCUGCACCACAGCAGACAUCUGGUCUGCCCAUAACAGAAGCUUCUUCGGCAUGACAUGCCACUGGAUCGAGGAAGACACCUUGGAGAGGAAGUCAGCUGCUUUGGCUUGUGCAAGACUGAGAGGAUGUCAUACCUACGAUUGCUGCCAAGUUAAGUGAAAUACAUGCCGACUUAAAAAUUCCGCACAAAGUGAGGGCCACAGUGACAGACAAUGGAAACAACUUUUGUAAAGGCAUUCCGGUAGUUCAAAUGAAGAGGAGCAAGAUGAGACGGAUGAUGGAGUGAGGUUUAAUGAUGUGGGGCAGAUUUUUGAGGAGGUUGAGCAAGAACUGAACUUUUUUCUCCCUCCACAUCAACAUUGUGUGGCACACACCCUCAACCUCAUCGCCACCAAUGAGGUGGACAAAGCUGCAUCCCAAGGUCCAUCACGAAAAUUGUACAGAAGUCCAAUGUCAAAAUGUUCCAGCAUUUGGAACAAAGCACACAGGUCCACAUUAGCUUCAGAGGCAAUAGAGGACAUUGCAAGCAUGAAAGUAACUGUGCCAUGUGUGACAAGAUGGAGCUCCGAGUACUGUGCCAUCUCCAAACUCAUAGCCCCCACAGAUGACCAGCUGGGGAAAAUCUGUGAAGACCUGGGUGUGAGCAGCAAACGACAUCCUUGUGAGAUUGCUUUUCUCAAGGAGUACAGUACUGCCCUACAGCCACUCGCAUUCUCUAUUGAUCUUCUUCAGGGAGAGAAGAAGUGUUUUCUUGGCUUUCUUAUCCCAACAAUCCUAAGCUUGAAGUCUAAGCUCUCCGAGAAAAUGCCUCUUGCGACAUUCUCUGCACACAUCAUCACUGCGGUCAUUGAGGCUAUAGAACGCCGGUUUGGACCUAUGCUAAGCACCCAUGAAGCAAAAAUGGCAACUGUUACCAUGCCAAAGUUUAGACUGUGUUGGUUCAACCCUGGAAAGACAGAGGCGAUACGGAGCACAUUCGUUCAAGAAGCAGCUUCUAUGGAGAACACACACUCUGAAGAGGUUGAUGAGGAAGCACAGAACGAUUCUGAUGAGUCAGAAGACCAUCUUUUUUUUGUGUUUGGAGGUGCAACAACAGGGGCCAGUGGCACUGCAGAGGAUGAGGUGUAUCUUGAAGACAAAGACAAGUCUUUGGACUCCUUGAAAUCGUUCCCCAGAGUCCAGAACUUGUUUCUGAAGUACAACACUACACUGCCCUCCAGUGCCCCAGUUGAGCGCCUUUUCAGCUAUGGUGGAAACCUGUUUACCCCUCAGCGAAACAGGAUGUCUGAUGCUCAUCUAGAGCAUGUCCUCUUGCUGCGAUACAACAGCAAUUUCUGCCUUCAAUCAUCUGAGUAGGCUAGCUUCAGAAUAGGCCUACUACAAUGGCAUGUCUGAUAUGUGGGUUUAUUGCACCUAGCAGCACUUUUUUUGCUUAAACUUAAAAAAACUACUUGGUGGACUACAUGUGUGAUUACACUGUGCAUGUUGUAAAAAAAUAAAUAAUGUUUUCUUCAUAUUUCUAUUUCUCAUUUAAGCCAUUUAGCAGAUGCUCUUAUCCAGAACGACUUACAGUAGUGAGUGCAUGCAUUUUCAUACUUUUUUGUACUGGUGUCCCGUGGGAUAAGUGUUUAUCACCAUCCAUGUUGCUGUGUUACUUAAGCCCUUACUUAUACCUGGUUUUAACAUGUAUCCUUUGUCCUGCACAUUGUGUUUGUGUCCACAUUUUUAGACAGGUGUACAUGAUUAAAAGACGCUUUGUGGUUUGACUUUGAUCAGAUCUUAUGGGUGUAAAUGGACAAGAUCAGGAUGAAGGACGCAUGUUAGAGGCAGGUAUACAGGGAUUAAAUACAUUUUUGUCACAAUGUUUUGUGAUGUGUUCUAAUGUGGCUCUGCUUAGUGGCUCAAACAUCCAGCAAUAAAUGUUGUUAAAUUGGUAAAA